AUGAAUGGUCAGGGAAUAGCUGGAGCUUGGACGAGAGUAGAUGUAGAGAAUGGAGCCGUAGUACAAGGUGACAGAGAUCAAGUGGGAGGAGCAGGUGGAGAAGGCUUUGAGGCGGCCCUGGGUGGAGCGGAUCCUCAGGAUGGCGGCAAUGAUGAAGAGAUAGGACGCAAGGAUGAGCACAGUGGGGGCGAUGACAUUCGAGGCCACUGUGAAGUCAGUUGGGACUGGAUGAUCCUGAAUAAGCGAACUCAGAUGUCGGGGGCUAGGUUGCUGACAGAGAGCAAUCCAUCUCUGACAGAUUUCAUCUUGGUGGGCUUCACAGCAGAUCGCCAGUUGCAGCUGAUUCUGUUUGGAGUAUUUCUAAUGCUCUAUUUGGUGACCUUGUCUGGGAACAUGACUCUGGUUAUCUUAAUCCGGAUAGAUUCCCGUCUUCACACACCUAUGUACUUUUUUAUUGGCAGUCUGUCUUUCCUUGAUUUCUGGUACCCCUCUGUGUAUACUCCCCUAAUCCUGGUUAAUUGUAUGUCAGAAGACAAGCGGAUUUCUUUGGCAGGUUGUGGGGCCCAGUUGUUCUUUUCCUGCGUUGUAGCCUACUCAGAAUGCUAUCUCCUAGCAGCCAUGUCUUAUGACCGCCAUGUGGCUAUUUGUAAUCCCUUGCACUAUUCUGGCACCAUGUCCAGAUCUCUCUGUAUUGGGCUUGUCGCUGGCUCCUACAUUGGUGGGUUUUUGAAUGCCAUCGCUCAUACAGCGAACACGUUCCGUCUGAGUUUCUGUGGCAAUAAUAUCAUUGACCACUUUUUCUGUGAUGCACCACCUCUGGUGAAGAUGUCCUGUACUGACACGCGGGUCUAUGAACAAGUGCUCCUGGGUGUGGUGGGCUUCACAGUCCUCUCCAGCAUUCUGGCCAUCUUGAUUUCCUACUUCAACAUCCUCCUGGCUAUCCUGCGGAUCCGCUCAGCCUCUGGAAGGCGCAAGGCCUUCUCCACGUGUGCUUCCCAUGUGAUCUCGGUCAUGUUCUUCUACGGGUCCUUGCUCUUCAUGUACUCCAGGCCCAGUUCCUCCUACUCCUUGGAGAAAGACAAAGUGGCUGCCCUCUUCUACACUGUGGUGAACCCCUUGCUCAACCCUCUCAUCUAUAGCGUGAGGAACAAAGAUGUCAAAGAGGCUUUCAGGAAAGCAAUGCAGACCUUGAGGGCACAAAGGUGA